UCUAGGUUCUUCAUUGAGCUCACUUUGUUUUUUAUGAUCUGUUUCAUUAAAUAUGGGUAGUUUUUAUAUCUUCUUUUUCCUUGCAAUGCGUGCUUUAUUGAACGCUUUUGAAUCCUUUUCUCUGGAUCAUUUCGGCUUCCGGAUGAUGCUAAUCCAUGUCUCUUUUGUCUUUGAUGUUGUACAAUACAGAGUACUUUCAACCUGUGGGAACAUGCAAAGUAUAAGAAACUCCAUCUUGAGCCAUGUGAGGCUGAGAAGUUUUGCUGAUCAGCAAUUGCUUGCUCAAAGAAGAAACAUUUUCAAGCAACUGCUCCAGCAAUUUUGUGCAUUGAGUGGUCCCAGUCCCGAUCAAAUCAUGGAUCAGGUGGUAGGAUUGGUUAAGAAAUUUGAUAAAAUUGAUGCCACUAAGGUUACUGAAACAGCUGAUUUUCAAAAAGACUUGUGCCUGGACAGCUUAGACAGGGUGGAGCUCGUUAUGGCUUUUGAGCAAGAAUUUUCCAUUGAAAUCCCUGAUGAAAAAGCUGAUAAGCUUACUUGCUGUGCUGAUGUUGCAAAAUAUAUAGUUUCUGGGGUGGAGCAGAAGUCUUCCAAUUCCUGAGUUAAUUAAUGGUUUUAGGAUUCACCAAGGAUGAUAUACCAUGUAGAUUUUUUAUGUGUUUUCUUUUAUAAUUCAAAAAUGUCUCUCUUUUUGGUAUUAAAUUGUUGCCUAUACAUAGCCAUUAUGUCACAUAUCAUCAUUACUAUAUAUUUAUCAUAUUUACAUGAAACCAUAUUUAUAUG